GGCCUUGAAGCGUCCAGUCAGGGAAUGAGGAGAAGCUGGAAGACACGUUCCCGGCUGUGUCCUUGUUGUCUACCCGAGUCAGUGCCAGCUGAUCACAGCGUGUCGAGGUGGAUGGGACUCCAGGCCACCUGUGGGCACCUAAGGAACAGACCCAGCCCUAGGGACCCGGGCGCUGCCUGGCGCGGCUAGCGGAGCCCUUGGCCAUGGCCAGCACAGCCGUCCAGCUUCUGGGCUUCCUGCUUAGUUUCCUGGGCAUGGUGGGAACGCUUAUCACCACCAUCCUGCCGCACUGGCGGAGGACAGCCCACGUGGGCACCAACAUCCUGACUGCCGUGUCCUACCUGAAGGGGCUGUGGAUGGAGUGUGUGUGGCACAGCACGGGCAUCUACCAGUGCCAGAUCUACCGGUCGCUGCUGGCACUGCCCCGGGACCUGCAGGCGGCGCGGGCGCUCAUGGUCAUCUCCUGCCUGCUGUCGGGCAUGGCCUCCGCCUUUGCUGUGGUGGGCAUGAAGUGCACUCGUUGUGCCAAGGGCACACCCGCCAAGACCACCUUCGCGGUGCUGGGGGGCGCGUUCUUCCUGCUGGCCGGCCUGCUGUGCAUGGUGGCCGUGUCCUGGACCACCAACGACGUGGUACAGAAUUUCUACAACCCGCUGCUGCCCAGUGGCAUGAAGUUCGAGAUCGGCCAGGCCCUGUACCUGGGUUUCAUCUCCUCGUCUCUGUCCCUCAUUGGGGGCACCCUGCUCUGUUUGUCCUGCCAGGAUGAGUCUCCCUACAGGCCCUACCAGGCCCAACCCAGAGUUGGGGCCACCACCACAGCCACCGCCCCUGCCUACCACCCACCAGCAGCCUACAAGGACAACCGUGCCCCCUCGGUGACCUCAGCCUCGCACAGUGGGUACAGGUUGAAUGACUACGUAUGAAUUCCUUCCCAGGCCUCUGCCAGGGCUGAUGGCCCCCAAGGGACCACUGACAGAUGCAGGGAGGAGGCAGAGACCCAUGCAUAUGGGGGAAGUGAGCCCAGAACCCUGGGCAGGGUGCUCUUCAAAGCAAAGACUUCUAAAAAGUACUGUUUUUGUAUUUAUUAUAUGUAUUUAUGUGGGUGGUUUAAUGAGAGCUCAAUAAAG